GAGUGUCUAUCUGAUUACAGGGAGCAUUUUUUUUAAAGGGCAUUGUUCACACACGUGAUCCGUGUGCGCACCAACGCGUUAAUUUAACUAUCCUGCAACCUGCAAGAUUAUUUUUGCGCACAGGAAAGACGACACUGUGUUUAUCUGUUUUUACAAUAGCUCAGUCAUGAUUUCAUCUCAGAUUAAGCUGAACAGCCUCAUCUCGUCGCUGCGUUCGUCUCAUUGAUCCAUAUUGAUUGGUGAUGCAGCAACGCGAGGAGAAAGUUUACACACCUAGUUGAAAUUACGCACAUUUUUGGAUGCGUUUGAGUGUGUAAGACCGAGGAGGAUGAGGGACCGAGCACCGAGGAGGACUCGCAGGCUUUCCGCGGGGUCGGCGUGUGCAAAUGGUUCAACGUCCGCAUGGGCUUCGGCUUCCUGUCCAUGACCAGCCGAGAGGGAGUGCCCCUGGACGAACCGGUUGAUGUGUUCGUCCAUCAGAGCAAGUUGCACAUGGAUGGCUUCCGCAGCCUGAAGGAGGGUGAGGCGGUUGAGUUUUCCUACAAGAAGUCAUCGAAGGGCCUGGAGUCGCAGAGAGUUACUGGACCGGAUGGCAUCCACUGUGUGGGCAGCGAAAGGAGACCCAAAGGCAAGAAGGUCCAGAAGCGACGUUCAAAGGGUGAUAGGUGCUACAACUGCGGAGGCCUGGACCACCAUGCCAAGGAAUGCAAACUACCACCCCAGCCAAAGAAGUGCCAUUUCUGCCAGAGCAUCGACCACAUGGUUGCCAACUGCCCAAUCAAAGCACAACAGUCCUCACCAGGUUCUCAGGGAAAACCGUCCCCCUCGAAAGGAGACGAGGAGGAGCACAGCCACUCGGCACCGCCUCCCGAGGCCUCUGAUUAAACGAGAAAUCGGGCAACACUGACGCCGGGGAAGCACAGAGGCCAAUCAUACUGCUUUGAUGGAGAGAUGGGACACACGAGCCCCUUCCUCCCGUUGAAGCUGCUUUGGGAACUACCUCAGGUUAAAAAAAAAUUGCUCAUGAAGAAUGUUGCUGAAGUUUUUUGUUUGUUUGUUUUCAUUUGGUGUAACACUCAGGAAUACUGCUGUAUUAUUGCACUCAGGACGCUUUUUAAAUGUUUGAAUCACUGCUGUUCUUUCAGGGAUAUGAGAUUGUAGUGAGCAAUGCCAUAUCACGGAUUAUCUUGAUGAGUUUUUGUAGGAUCUGUGUUUUCUGUUCAUGUGAUACUUUGCCUCCCCUGUGGGCGAUGUACCUCUGGCAUUAUUGCUUAAUACUCAGUGCAUUUAGUAUAGAACUACACUUUUGCUGCCUUACCAUUUAGACUCCUUCCUGACUGUUACACCUCACUAUCCGACAAGACAGAGACGUGACAGUUGGUACCUCUGUAAUGAAUGUUAGUUUGCAUAGAUAGAAUGGGGAACGGGAGGGAAAACACAUGGGAUGGGUUUUAGGAUCGAGCUAUACGGAAUGUAUUGGCAUCUGCCAAUAUUGCAGUUGACCAUCCAGUAAUCCUGGGGCCAAAUGAAUGUCAGACCAGAAGUGAUUUACAGCUUUUGGUCAGAGUUAUUUUUUGUCAUUUCAUUAUUUUGGGCCAGAUGUUUUGCUGGCUGUCUACCUCAUCAGUGCAUAUUUGGUCUGCUACGAAAACCGUCAUUCUAACCAUUGAUGGAAACCAAAUAUUCUCAGAAUACAGCUAUGGAGAUUGUGAUUUGAAUUAGUAUUAAAUCAUCAAAUCCUUUUUGCACUACAGUAUUUCCACAGCAUCACCGUUUAACAAGCACCACAGCUGGAUGUGGUCGGGUGUGGUCUGUUGUUCUUGGGGUGUGUGGUGUAUCAUGGUACUUUAACUCCAUGUUACAUCACACAUCUCCUCAGACUGCCGGAAAAACACAUCGUCUGGCGGCGAAAACCAGAUCAUUUGAAUGAUUGUAGGAGAAGGCUGAACCUGGAGAGGGCAGCAAAACAUUGUUUUCAGUCUGGUGCUAAAGAAGACCUCAUUCAGACCAAAUCAGGUGUUGCAGCCAUUAGCUGAGAGAACACAAUUGGAAGAAUGUCAUUGUUUUGGUCCUGGAUAGUACCUAGUUUCCUGCAACAAAAUUGGGGUAAACAACUCUUCAACUGUUGCAGUGUUUCAGGCACCAAAUAACAUUACAAUAGAGCAAUUCAGUGGACCUCUGACCCUUUGUUCAGGUGUCUUUUUUUGGUCUAUAUAACUGAAUCUCUUUCAGCUAGACACUGUCACCAAAUGUUUUUAAGAAAACGUGACAAACUUCCAUUGCAAGUAUCAUAAGUGUGGGCUAUAUUUACAGUUUCAUUUUAUACAUUUAAAGUGACUUGAACAACAAUACUGUUGACCAGCCAGUCUGAUUGCCAGCUUAAGUGAUUGUCCACUAUACAGUGACACUGUGUUCACCUGAUUUGAUCUGAAUGGGACCUCGAGUUACUCUUUGACCUCACUGGCAGAUGAAGUGUGAGGUCGGUCCACUUUCCAUCGACAGAAUAUUCUCAUUUUAUUUUAUGCUGUGUGAAAUGCUGCUGCUUUAUGAUUACCUCAACCUGGAUUUGACAGAAUUCUAACCAACAUGAUACUAAAACCAAUACAAUGUACAUCACCACCUAUGAUAAGAUAAUUGAAUGAGUUGAGUCCAGCUAGCUCUCCUCUUGAUACUUGAAUAAAAUGAGGCAGAAUCAACUAUGAUGUUGCCGGUGGGAAGGGCUGGUGUUUUUGUUUAUAUCCACUGUGAUCCAUUUCUAGGUAGUUAUUUAAGACAUUACCUCCCUAUAACCCCCAGUAGGGUGAUAGUUCAGGAACACCAAGCCUGCACGGAGGAGCAUGUAGAGCUAGCUAGCUAAUCAGCAUUUUACUCCCGUUUUACAGGAGAAGCUGACAAGACUUUGUCACCCAAUUAAUAUAUAUGUAAAAUUAUUCUAAAGCCUUUUUUAAAAAAAAUCAUACUACUUAUUUAUUUUCAUCCAAGAGUGCUGCCGCUUCCUCUUUCUGCUACUGCUGAAGCCUCUCAGCAAUCAAUGGUAGACAUCAUAAAACUGCCAAACAUCACUCAAAACUCCAUAUGACUUGAGAAUAUAUUUGGGUAAACCAUUUUCACCAUCAAGGUACGUGUAUUACUUUGUACAUAUGUGCUCGAUAAAUCAGUCACUGUCCUUUUUAAUUCAAUGCAGUACGAAUACAGUAUAGAUUACAACCCAGGGGUAACAAUAUACAGUACAUACUGUACAGGUACAGAGUAUUAUGAGGACUGACGAAAACUGUGAGUUUGUUUUAUUUUCUUUGCCUUGUAUGAUUUCUUUUAAAUUUUGUUUUGUUAUUCUUAUCUAUGCCAAAACCAAUGCAAUGUUACUCUGCACUAAUCAUGUGUAAGAUGCAUUAAUCUUUUUUAUAUUCAGUUUAAUCUCUUUUGAAUAUAUGUUCCAUAUUUUAUAUUUUAUAUAUAUUUUUCUUUUUACAUUUUCAUAUACCACACAGUCAGUUGCUGGUCGGAAAAAGAAAUACCUCCACUCUUUGGCUCAUCUCAGGAAAUGCCAAUCUGAAAACUCAGGGAAUACUUCAGAUUGAUUUGAAGGAGUCGAGGAGUGAUUACUCAACACAAAUGAGGGACAGAAUGCUCGUCAGCAUGACGUGAAGCAUAGGAGAAAGUAAAAUGCAACGGUUGUUCUUUUUACUUUUGAGAAAAAUACUAACAUCAAGGCAAAAAAGGCGAUGAUUACAAAUGAUGUGAAACAAUUAAGUUGAGAUUUUCAAGCUUUUUGAAUCAUAUACUUUGUCAACUUUCCAUGCAUCCAGCGUGAUGUUGAUCUUUAUAUUUUCUCCUCUUUGACAUAGCUUGCCAUGAUAUAUGAUGUGAAGAAAAUGUUCCACUAUUAUUGUAUUUUUUCCUCUAUAAUCGUUGUAGAUGGGGACGUAGUAGAAUAUUGUUAAAAGGGACUGGGGCUAGUAGUAUAUAAUCCGGGGGUUGUCUCAUCUUAACACAUGGCCGAUACGUGGUGUUUCAGACUAUCAAUGCUUUUGACAAAACGAAUGUGUCGCUGAUGACUCAAAUAUUGUUUCACACUUUGCCGUCUGGUGGUGUUUAUACAAGUUUAAAAGUUGCAGAAGCAAACACUGUUUUGAUAAAUUCCACUCAGGAUAUGAAAGGAUGAAAAUACUGUUAAAAAGUAAGUGCUCUGAUUAGAUAGGAUGGAUAACCUUUCUGUGUAUUUUUUUAUGGUGAAUUUACCACACUGAUUGCAUUGCCAGUGUUGUUUCCUCUGACUUGAACAUUUUCCUUUUCACUCCAUUUAAAAAGGGAAAAACAUGAAUGAUUUAUGUUAUCGAUCUUUAAAAUCCAUUGGUUUUACUCAACUGUCAAACACUUCACUGGAUUCUGAUACCCACUAUUUAGAUAAAGGUUGAAUGAAAAAGUGUUUGUCUUAUAAUGUUUGCAAUAUUCUGCUGUACUAGGUGAUGUUUUCAAAGUAUUAUUUGGAAUCUAAAGUCCAUGGAAAACAUUCUGAUUGCAACAAACCUGUUCGACCCCUUCUGUGGUGUGUUAUUGUGAUACGAUUGUCGGGUGCUAGACGGGUUAGAGAAGACCUGUAAGAAUAUGUGCUCAGGGUAAAAUGAAGCACAUUAAAGCAUCAUGUACAUCACAGUUUGCUUUAUGUGAUGCAUCUUGUUUGUGACCAUCAGCCAUUAAAUUUGUGAUGUUGUAUCUGAUCAGAUAAAUGGCUAGAGCUACUUCCAAAAAAAAAUGUGCAUUUAUUACUGAUGAAUGUAUCAAUGUUGACUGCCAUAAAACUACAAACAUCUUGAUCCGUCUUAUCUUGAUUUAAUGACUGUAGUUUGUCAUUGAUGAGCAGCAUGUAGGCUUUUCAAAGUAUUACUGUGAUUUCUAUAUGUAAAGUUCUGCUCCAUUUCCUAGUAAAUAUGUCAAUAUU